CUUCUUCUAGAAAUGACUGCUGUUACUGCAGGCAAUGUUAACUUCAAAUGGGACCCCAAAAGCUUGGAGAUCAGAACACUGGCAGUUGAAAGACUACUUGAGCCUCUUGUUACACAGGUAACAACACUGGUUAACACUAGCAACAAGGGCCCCUCUAAUAAGAAGCGAGGGCGUUCUAAAAAGGCCCAUGUUUUGGCUGCUUCAGUUGAACAAGCAACAGAGAAUUUCCUGGAGAAAGGAGACAAAAUUGCAAAAGAGAGCCAGUUCCUUAAAGAGGAGCUGGUAGCGGCUGUGGAGGAUGUUCGUAAGCAAGGUGACUUGAUGAAGAGCGCGUCGGGGGAGUUUGCAGAUGACCCCUGCUCCUCUGUGAAACGAGGGAACAUGGUCCGAGCCGCGCGUGCCCUACUCUCUGCCGUUACUCGACUGCUGAUUUUGGCUGACAUGGCAGAUGUCUACAAGCUGCUUGUUCAACUUAAAGUAGUGGAAGAAGGUAUCUUGAAACUAAGAAAUGCUGGCACGGAGCAGGAUUUGGGUAUCCAGUACAAAGCCCUCAAACCAGAAGUGGACAAACUUAACAUAAUGGCAGCCAAAAGACAACAGGAAUUGAAAGAUGUGGGUCACCGUGAUCAAAUGGCGGCAGCCAGAGGAAUUCUGCAGAAGAAUGUUCCCAUUCUUUAUACGGCGUCCCAGGCCUGUCUGCAGCACCCUGAUGUAGCUGCUUACAAAGCUAACAGGGACUUGAUCUACAAACAGCUUCAGCAGGCAGUCACGGGCAUCUCAAAUGCAGCUCAAGCAACUGCAUCAGAUGAUGCUGCCCAGCAGCAGGGUGGAGGUGGAGAGCUGGCUUAUGCUCUGAACAACUUUGAUAAACAAAUUAUUGUGGAUCCAUCGACCUUCAGCGAAGAACGUUUUAGGCCUUCCCUGGAAGAACGCCUGGAGAGCAUCAUUAGCGGAGCAGCCCUGAUGGCUGAUUCAUCCUGCACACGUGAUGACCGACGGGAACGUAUAGUUGCCGAGUGUAAUGCAGUGCGACAGGCCUUGCAGGAUCUACUUUCAGAAUACAUGGGGAAUCCGUACGUGAACAUCAUCCCGAAGGUGCCUACUUUCCAGUUCCCCCCGGUGCAGACCAUCGUGUUAGUUAACAGGAG